AUGUUUGUCAUGAGACCCAAAGCCCCCAGGCUAUAUAUCGCUUCCCGGAACUUACAACUUGCCAAAAGAUACCUCACCACCCAUGGCACUCUGAUCUCGCGAAAGACUGCCAAUAAGCUUUUCAAAAAGCGCAAUGUGGCGCUCGUUUCUGGCAUCAUCAUUGUCGGGCUGUACGUCACUUUCAGCCAACCAAAUUACUACAAGUUGGACAGUGUUCCCUCGUCGCUAGGCGGGCCAUUACUGAAGAUCGCACCACCCCCCUCCAAGUCAGCUAAUGGAGUUAUGGAAAAUAAGUAUUUUUCGUCAUCCACCAGCUCCAUGCUCCAGAGUAAUGGACUUGGCUCCCAGCAGCACAAAGAAGGUGUUUUCCUCUUGAACGAAGAGCAGGUCAGUACCAAACUCAGGCAAUAUGAGGAGUCGUACUUUGUCAACCGAGGCAAAGGUGUCACUCGGUACGAUAUUUGCCAACUUCCCUCCAAUUCGCCUAUUGAAGAUGACAGAGCAGAGGAGAUUGUGCAAGUCCCCAUUUUGCAGGAUAAUAACGUCCGGGCCAGUACAGACUGGAUGUUCUUUGGUGUUUUCGAUGGUCAUGGAGGCUGGACCACUUCAUCCAAGUUGCGUGACCAGUUGAUCUCGUACGUGAUCCAUGAGCUCGGCACCAUCUUCAAGCCUGCUCAAGAGGACAAUUUGAGGUAUGUUCCCAACAGUGCCACCAUCGACCAGGCCAUCAAAAACGGCUUUUUGAAGUUGGACCAUGAGAUUGUUAACAAGAAUAUCGAGAAGCUUUUGAACGACAACAAUAAGGCCAAAGCAGCCGAGUUGUUGAUGCCUGCGUUGUCUGGAUCAUGUGCCUUGCUCUCGUUCUACGACACAAACUCCAAAAUGUUGAAAGUGGCAGUUACUGGAGAUUCUAGAGCGCUCUUGGGAUCUUUCAAAGACAACCAAUGGACUGUCAGACAGCUUAGUAUCGACCAGACGGGAUCGAAUCCAACUGAAGUCGCCCGAAUCAUUUCAGAACAUCCAGAUGAGCCCAACGUUAUCAGAAACGGAAGAGUGUUGGGAACUUUGGAACCCUCUAGGGCAUUUGGUGAUUGCAGAUACAAAUUACCAGCAUCGAUCCAGGAACGUAUCUACAAGCAGUUUUUCGGUAGGAGACUCCCCAGCAACUUAAAUUCUCCACCAUAUGUGACUGCAGAACCUGUGAUCACUACCACCAAAGUCAGCCCCGAGAACAACGACUUUUUGGUGAUGGCUUCCGACGGCCUUUUCGAGAUGCUCUCCAACGAGGAAAUCGUGGGUCUUGUUGUGAAGUGGAUGGAAAAGGAGAAGAUGGUGAAGCCCAGCAAAUCUUUUUGGAACUACUUUGGCUCCACAGAGAAGGGCUUGCCGCAGGUUGCAGAUGUGACUGGGGAUAAAUCAAGCAAACCUCCAUUCCGCAAAUCUAGACAACUGGCCGGAAACGGUUACUUGUUGGAGGACAACAACGUGUCGACGCACUUGAUUCGCAAUGCCUUGUCUAACGGUGGAUCUCGUGAGCAAACACUGAUGCUCGUGAGCAUCCCUAACCCAGUUUCGAGACGUUACCGUGAUGAUUUGACGGUGACAGUGGUGUUUUUUGGCAAUGAAGUAAAGGAGGCCGACAACGGUAAGUUGGAAAUUAAUUCACAGGCCACUGCUGGUGGCUACGAUUCCUCGAAGCCGAAGUUGUGA